UGGUAUUUGCCGUUCGGUGGCCAAGGUCACACUGCACCCGGAUUGUUUUUGUUGUGGCUGCGCUUAUAAAUUGCUGGAUAUUUCCAUAUUAGUGCUCAUUUUUUGUUGUUCCCGCAAGCGAAUUUGUCGAUUCCCCCGUUUAACUCCAGCGACUCCCCGAGCCGAGUGUCCCCACUUUGACAACGACGCAAUUGUGAUUUGGCAAUGUUUUUGCUGACUGUGUUACAGUGCAAUAACAACAACAAGUAACUACGAAACGGUAAAAAUGCAGCGACUGCAAUUCGCUCUGCUGGCGUCGCUGCUCCUGCUGGUGCUGCUUCUUCCGGGGAUUAGGAGCACUCCCACCGACCAGGAGGUCGACAUCGUCCACUAUCAGCCGGAGCAAGUGCAUCUGGCCUUUGGAGAACGCACCGAUAGCGAGAUAGUCGUCACUUGGUCCACGCGCAGCCUGCCGCCGGAUCAGGAAGUGGGUGCGGUCAGCGUGGUGGAGUACGGUCAACUGGUAGACGGACAGGUCAGGCUCACCCAACAGGCCCGGGGAACGGCCACUAAAUUCGUGGACGGCGGUCACAAGCAGGCCACGCAGUUCAUCCACAGGGUGACGCUUAGGGACCUGGAGCCAAAUGCCACAUACUCUUACCAUUGCGGUAGCGAUUUCGGCUGGUCGGCCAUCUUCCAGUUUCGCACAGUGCCCUCGGCAUCCGUUGACUGGUCGCCAUCGCUAGCUAUCUACGGGGAUAUGGGCAAUGAGAAUGCCCAAUCCCUGGCCCGAUUGCAGCAGGAGACGCAGCGCGGCAUGUACGAUGCCAUCAUCCAUGUGGGUGACUUCGCCUACGACAUGAACACGAAGAAUGCGCGCGUGGGGGAUGAGUUCAUGCGGCAGAUCGAAACGGUGGCUGCCUACCUGCCAUACAUGGUGGUUCCCGGCAAUCACGAGGAGAAGUUCAACUUCUCCAACUAUCGUGCCCGCUUCAGCAUGCCGGGAGGUACGGAGAACCUGUUCUACAGCUUUGAUCUGGGACCCGUGCACUUUGUGGGCAUUAGCACGGAGGUCUACUACUUUCUCAACUACGGUUUAAAGUCGCUGGUAUUCCAGUUCGAAUGGUUGCGUGAGGAUCUGGCCAAGGCCAAUCUGCCAGAGAAUCGGAGCAAGCGCCCGUGGAUCAUCUUGUACGGUCAUCGACCCAUGUACUGCAGCAAUGAGAACGACAACGACUGCACCCACUCAGAGACUCUCACGCGGGUGGGCUGGCCCUUCGUACACACGUUCGGAUUGGAGCCGCUGCUGUACGAGUUCGGCGUGGACGUGGCCAUCUGGGCGCACGAGCACUCCUACGAGAGACUCUGGCCCAUUUACGAUUACGUUGUGCGCAAUGGAACGCUGAAGGAUUCGCCGUACGAGGAUCCUGGUGCUCCUGUGCACAUCGUCACAGGAUCCGCCGGCUGCAAGGAGGGAAGAGAACCGUUCAAGGGCAAAAUACCCGAGUGGAGCGCUUUUCACAGCCAGGACUAUGGCUACACACGGCUCAAGGCCCACAAUCGCACACAUAUCCACUUCGAGCAGGUGUCCGACGACAAGGACGGCGCCAUCAUCGAUGACUUUUGGUUGGUGAAAUCCAAGCACGGAAGCUACCGAAACUGAACCAGAACCGAAUCAAUUCAAGCUAAAGGAGUCUCUCGAGGCAUAACACGCAUCAAUAGCAACAGGCAGUAUUAGUAGCGCACAUUCGCCUCGACCUGAUUCGAUCACAAACUAUAGCAUUAUAUAUAUAGCAUUCCUUAUCCAAAUAUCUCAACCCAGCCCGAAACAAACUACAGUUUUAUACUUAGCCAAUUUUACAAACGCAGCAUUUACACAUAUGCAAGCGCUUUUAAGUGUGCAUUUAACAUAAGCUGAUAAGAACGUAAAUGAACUUAGUUUCUUAUCUCUGUCGCAUGCUACUUGAUGUUCAAUAACUGGUACUCGGGCUCUGCUGUUUUAAGUAAUUGUUUAUAAUGUGUAUGGGAUGUACUUGAUAUACUUAUUAGGAUCAAUGUUUAGGGACUAAGGGCUCUAUGUACCCGAUCGGUUUUUACUAUCAAUAAGUACAUGAAAUCCGAGUACCGGGUGUAUUAUAGUCACGGCAAUCCGACUGUACACUGAUUGUUGUUUAAAUGCCUAGUAUCUUUACAAUAAAUAUCUGGAACUUUUCAUUGUA